UCUGCUUAAACGAAGUCCAAGCAUUUUCAUCGGUUGUGUCUAUUCGCCGGCGGCACCAGCCCGAAUCUGACACUCUCGUUGUAUGUGAUGGAGGAUUACUUUAAACUCUUCGUGGACGAGACUUCUUUCUACAACCGCAUUGUUCUGGGGACAGUCUUGCCAGAGAGAGUGUGUGACCCGCUUCCGCACUUCCUCCAAACGUGGGUCCGUAACUACAUUGGAGGAACCCUAGUGUAUUUCGUCUCCGGAUUCUUAUGGUGUUUCUAUAUAUAUUACUUGAAGCAUAACGUUUAUGUUCCGAAAGAUGCCAUCCCUUCAACGAAGGCCAUGCUCUUGCAAAUAUGUGUUGCAACGAAGGCCAUGCCGUGGUAUGUUUCUCUUCCAACGCUAUCGGAGUACAUGGUUGAAAAUGGAUGGACAAAGUGUUUCUCGAGAAUAAAUGACAUAGGCUGGCUUGCUUACCUCGUUUAUUUAAUUGUUUACCUUGUAAUUGUGGAGUUUGGAAUUUACUGGAUGCAUAGAGAGUUGCAUGACAUAAAGCCUCUCUACAAGUAUCUUCAUGCAACACAUCACAUCUACAACAAGGAAAAUACACUUUCUCCAUUUGCUGGUCUGGCAUUCCACCCGCUGGAUGGGAUUCUGCAGGCUUUACCACAUGUAGUUGCUCUUUUCCUGGUGCCAAUGCAUUUCACGACUCAUAUAGUCCUAUUAUUCCUGGAGGGCAUAUGGACGGCAAACAUUCACGACUGCAUACAUGGUAAAUUAUGGCCUGUAAUGGGUGCUGGCUACCACACCAUUCAUCACACUACUUAUCGCCAUAAUUAUGGCCAUUACACGAUAUGGAUGGACUGGAUGUUUGGGACUCUUCGUGAUCCUACAGAUGAUGAGCCCAAGAAGAUGUGAACUUCGUCCCUUGAUUUGGGCCGAUUGAUCUACAGUGUACAAGUUUAUAUUGAUUAGCUGGGUACUUCAAUUUGGUUUCUUUUGAUGUGUCUUGCAUGUCAGUUGUGUUGGUUGGCCUAUUUUUUUGAUGUAUCUAGGCCUAAUUGACGAUAUUCGCUACCCCAACUAUGGGCGUGGCAAUGAACACAGGCUGUGCCAUUGAGUCGUAUAUUUACUGUGUUUCAUUGCAUGUGUGGAAAUUGAUUGCUUUUAGUGACAUAAGUUUUGUGAU